AUGUGUUUCAUGGCCCAUCCAUUUGCACAAAAACAAAUUGAUGGCCCACCCAAACUGAUGAAAAUAAUUUCAUGGCCCAUCCUUAUUUCCUCCGGCCCACCCUAGCAGUUACUUUAUGACCGGUCCCUAACGUGCAAUUAUAGCUGACAGUGCCUUUUUCGAAGAAACUGAAGUACUUUGCGACUAACCAUUACAUGCCACAGCGUAAUUAUGAUCUUGUCUCCUGAUUAUUAUUUUAGAGAAUGUUAUAGCAAUGUCAUUUCCAUCGUCGGGAAAGUACAAGUUAUACAGAAAUCCUAUUGCAGUAAGGAUGAUUUUAACUUCAUAAGCUUGGAAUUUGAGUUUAUUGAGUUUCUCACUCUUUGGUGAGCGGAUUUCCCAACAGGAUAUUGCCCAAUUGAUAGGGGAUCCGAGGUACCUAUGAUUUUAACGUCCUUAUCCGAGAAGGCGCGAAAUUCUAACCAUUUACAAAUGUCAAUGUACAGGUUUCUCAUUUAUUUUCAGUAAGGUCUUGAGUAGAGGUCCGACCAUGCAAGGAUUGAACCCGGAUCUCCCAGCUUGAAAGGCAAACGUGCGUGGUGACCACCAUACCACAGAUUGACCAUAACAUGAAUAAUGAGCAAUAAUUGUUUUGUUCAUGUAGGAAGUGGCCCGAUUUUUUGAGACCAAACAUCCUGGACACUACAAGAUCUACAACUUGUGCAGUAUGUUUUGCUUGCUAGACUGUAAUUUGGUAAUAUACCAUGACACAAACUCAAUAUUGAGUGGGGGAAGGCUUAAGAAGGGCAACAUGAUUCAACAUGGAGUUUAUCAAAAAUAUACGAAUUUUGUAUAGGGGGAAAUUAGUCUUAACCAGUUAUGUCCAAGACUGUAGGAAUAUGAAUAUCUACUAUUGAGAAUAUUACUGUAAUGCUUAAAAUAAUACCACCAUGCAGAUACUACGUUUUUAGUGUACGGCUGCAUGCUGCAUGGGUUUGGUGGUUCAAUGUAUGGUUGAUUGAUAAGUAAUCUGUAAUCCCGAAUACGUAAUCCUGGAUAAAUUUUGAAAAUAAUCCAUAUACUUUGUCUCUAAACAAAGAUAUCCUAAAAAUACAAUAGACCGAUAAUCCUAAAAUCCAGUCUUAAUAAUCAAUAAUCCUGCUAACUCCCAAAUAAUCCAUAAAGCCUUACAAGACGUCACUUUGAUUACCACCUCGGCCAGAUUCGUCAUAUCGUUUUUGUCGUAAUUCCAAAUCUUCUUCACUGGUAUUUACAGGCGAACGAGAUUAUGAUCAUUCCAUGUUCAAGGAUCGAGUCUAUCGCUUGAAAACUGAUGAUCAUAAUGUUCCAAAAUUAAGGUAGAAAUAAAUGUCUGUUCUGUUAAUUUGCUUAAACUUGCCAACUAAGUUUUUGUGUCUAUAUAUCGUUAUGUCAAAUCGAAUUUACACGCACUCCAAACGCUUUUACAAGUCUGAAAACAUGCCAUCGUGACUGUCAGUUACAUUACGUAGGGCCUAUAUAUAAUUACGUUUUAGAGAGUUACUGGAAUUUUGUAAUGACGUUAGAGAAUGGUUAAAUUCUGAUUCUGAAAAUGUCGUCGCCAUGCAUUGUAAAGGAGGAAAAGGUAUUGAUUGUCGUGUCGUACGUUAGAGUAUUUCCAAAAAAUUUUAAAUGUUUAAAUGCAUGAUGUAAGACUUUUGCAAUCAGUAAUCAGGAAGAAUCAUGCCCCCAGACACCCUAGGAAGAUUACUUCAUCUCAAUACCAACCCCAAUCCCCUGUGUCGUAUACUACAUACAAAUUUUUGUUCAACAGGUCGUACUGGAACAGCAAUCUGCACUUGGCUCUUGGCCUGUGAAAAAUUCAGAGUGGCGAAGGUAUACAUGCAGUAUAAGCACGCCAAAUUCUAUUGUGUUCUAAAUGUAAUUUUAAUCUAAUUCAACUUUUUAAAAUGACAAAAUACAAACAUACAGAUUAUAUAAUUUUUGCCAGAAUAUAUUAACACGAGAAAUCCCAAUUGACAUCUGACAGCCGUAUACAUAAAAUGAUAGCCUAUAUAAAUAGGAAUGUAUUAUAUUUCUCUACUAUUUCAUUAUUUCAAUAACUUAAGGUGUAACUAUAUCUGUUUACAGGAAAGUUUGGAAUAUUUUGGAAAACGUCGUACUGAUUUAACUGUUGGGAAAACAUUUCAAGGUGUUGAAACUCCAAGUCAGGUCAGUUGCUCGUGUUCGUGAGCAUUCACCACGUUUAUUUGUGUAAAUGAAUGUACAUUAUAUUGUACUGAUUAUAUAUAUAUAUAUUUACUUUUUUCUUACAGAGUCGUUUUGUUGGGUAUAUGGAGAAGAUAAUAUAUGACUUGAACUGGAUUGUUCCAGAAGAUAUUCCUAGAAAGAUCUCUCAAAUUAUAAUUGAAGGAAUAAAAAGUGCGUUUGUUAUAAAUUUUUACUCAAUGCAGUGCAGCUGUUGUAGUUUAAUUGUUGCCUAUAGUAUCAGUGUGUAUUGCGUACAUGUUUUUCUAUCAAAUAUUAAACCUACUAUUCCUCUGUCUAUAAGAUGAAAGAAUGACAACGCAAAAUCUUAACGUUCGCCCACGGAAACGCUGCUAUGCAAUGUACAAUAUUCUUUAAUACAUGCAUGCAUGCAUGGCCCUCUACUAGAAUCAAAUAACAAGGUCAUUUUAAAAUGCUUUCUGCGUCCAGAUCAGGCAUAUCGGUGAGUCUCAUGCAGCAAGUGUCAUAGGGGACAGAAGGUAAUGCAGUCAACCUCAGAAAUGCUGUAUAUAUGGCACCUACAGUAGCAAGCAAAAAGAAUCCUCGCGACUUUUUUCUAGAGGUUGGUCACGAUCUGUUGCACAAUUUGUGCUCAAUGAAUCCUGGACCGAUAUAUAUUCAGUUAGAAAUAAAAAGGUGCGUCUGCAUGAUUGUGACGAAAGCACAAACGGAAAUCACUGUUGACUUCUUUGAUAUCCUUCUUUGUCCUCGUAGGCAAAAUUUCAAGUCCAAAAUUUUCAAGUCCGAACCUUAAAUAUUUCGAGUCCAAGUCCAAAAUGAUAAAGUAUAAUCAUAUUUCCACAAUCCACAUAUACGAUGUAAUCAAAGUAAUAUGGUCGUGGCAAACAGAUCAGACUAUAUAGUAAUAUUCAAUUUCAAGUUUAAAACAUAUACAGUGCAAAGCAGUAUAAGGCCCUACAUUACAUGCAGUGCAUGCAUGCAUGUGUCCGAAUAAAAUAAAUGGAACACUUAAUUUGAAGUAUUGAAUUCCGUAAAUAGAUUUAAAAUACUCAUUAAAAAUUCAUAAACCUUGUGGCAAAUCAUGUCAGCCAUAAUAUGUCACGUGGAGUGACUUUAUAUCUGAUAAAACUCAUCUUCAUUAGUAUUCUUUAUAUAAUUCUUCAUCCUAAUUAGUAUGAUUAUAUAAUUGUUCAUCCUAAUUAGUAUUCUUUUGUAGUCGUAUUUUAAGCUAUUCAAAACACUCGAACCCGCGUUUUAUCAUAUCUAAAACGCUCGGCUGCGCCUCGCGUUUUAAAUAUGAUAAAACACUCCUUCUCGUGUUUUAAAUAGUACGUAUUUUUGUAUAUAUCGAACGAAAAAGCAUUGAUCAAUAAUUAAAAGGUCGUAAGAUAUAAAUCAUGUGAUUUCCACCUCUCUCGUGUGGUCAGUGAGUUAUUACGCAUCACGUCGAAUUUUGUCGCAAAAACAAAUCACAUAGUGUUUCCAUAUUGGCAUAUAUUCUUGUCGCGAAAAAGAUAUUUGGAAAAUUAAGCUUGAAACGCGUACUGACAGAGCAAUUUGUGUUUGCGCCGGGUUGCAAUAGAGGCCAUAAUUAUAACGAUCAGCAAUGAGUAUAUCAACGAGGAAAUUUAAAUGGUGGACUCAUACAGAACUUGACCUAAAUUCCCAAGUCCAGAAGUGUCAAGUCCGAAUUCUUUGAUAAGGAGUCCAAGUCCGAUGUAUUUAAGUCCGAGUCAUACCCUCAAGUCCGGACUCGAGUCCAAGUUCGGACUUGAGUCCUACAACACUGUCGUAUACUAAUACUCGUAUAUACUAGUGUAGAAACAAUCCAAAAGUUUCUAUCUUGUAAAUAUAAACUCUCUUAAUUGUCAAGCUGUUUCAACUGCAUGACGAGAUUCUGGAUUUGAAUAAAAAUUGGUUUGUCAAGAAGAGAAAAUAUAUAAAUCACGUUCUGUUGGGUAUUGUCAACGAUGCUCUAUUUUUAUCAAAUAAAAUGCAACUUACAAUUUUCUUCAUAUUUUAGGUGUUGGAAAUGGUAACGGCAGUGACUUACGCUUUCAAAUCAUAACUGAUGGCAAGGUUACUUUAGAGAGAGCAGUAAACGACAAGUUAGGACAAAUGGUAUGUACCGUAUCACAUCGGGAUAUCCAUGAUAAUUUUGGGCGUAGUGAAUAUUGUUAUGUUAAAUUGUUUAUAAAGUUACCCUGAAUUCCACGAAAUGUUUUUCAAACAAAACAUAUAUACAGAGAGUUUCUACAAAUGGGGUGGACGAGAGGGAAUUUACAAGAUACGUCAGGUUUUAGGCUCAGGUUACAUGUAGAGUGAGAAGUAGCGCUUGGUUGUUUUGAUUUAAAUUAUUCGGCCAUUAAAAUUCAAGGAUUAUACAAAGGUAUAAUUUCUUUAUUUUGCAAUAUUUCGAGCAGUUUUCCUGCCCGUCUUCAGCCUUUUAUUGAUGUUGCUGUUGUUUUUACAAUAAUCACUAUAUACGAAUAAUUGCGCCGAAUGUUUUUAUAACAAUGGUUUUUUAAAAAUUAAAGAUUGCUUGGUUGUUGUUUGACGUGUUUGUUUCACGUUCUUAAUAACAAUCUUGAAAACAAGCGGCCAUCUUCUUGAAAUCCUCCAUCUCAUCAUUCCCUAGCUUUAGCAACGACCUUUCAUGUCGUUCAUGAAGCUAUUCUCAAAUGACAUCAUUUUCAAACUUUAAGCUGGACUCGUAAAAAGUCUGAGAAACAGCAUUUUAAUAUUGCUCUAUAUAGCUAGCAACACAUAUUACAUACGAAUGCUGUAUUUUUACUUAUACGUUUUUCUAAUGUUGCAUGGUUUCUUUUCAGGAGGACGUUAAUGAUGAGUUGGACAAGAUAACAAUAACUCUGGAAGAAAAAUCACCAGUUAUUGCUGGAGAGACAAAGAUUAUCUUCUUUUCUUCAAAUAAGGUUUGACCAAUGAACUCCAUAUAUAUCUGGAGCGAGAACUCGAGUCCAAAAUGUGAAGCCAAGAUUCAGUCCAGUCUCUUUCUAUUGUUAGCUGGGGGAAAAUUGUGUUAAAACUGUUACGACCUUCAUAGCUAUUAGACGUCACUUUCCACCAUCUUGGGUUCACUUUUCUCAUGGGCUGAAUGAGUGAAGUAUAGAGGUCACUGCAUGGGUUUGACAUAUAAUCAAUUUUCUGCCGAUAAUUUGAAAAAUAUGCAAUGAAACAAAUUCCGAAUAGAUACAUCUCCAUUAGUAUUUAAUAUAGAGGUUUAGAUUCGACUUCCACUGCCGCUACUAUUAAGGAAUCAUUAACCAAUCAGAUGCGUUUGAUAUAUUCGAUUAACCAAUCAGAUGUUUACUAAGCCAGCGAAAGAUAGUGGUCUGAACUUGUCUAAUAUCUGCUGGGGGGGGGGGGGGGUUAUCAGGUUGGAGGUGGGAUGUCUGGGAUGCUUAAUACAUAUUCGGGCACGAAUAAUGUUUUGCAUGAUUUCGCCGAAAUGCAGAAAGUUCUGCACCAUUGGGUAUUUUAAAGAUAUAGUAUAGCUUUAUUCGAACACUCACAGGUAAAUUCGGAAUUACACGGGACAUUUUCAACAGUUGAAUUUAAAAAUUCAAAAUUUCUUACCUAAAGACGGAGGGGUGUCCUUUAACGAAAAAUUAUGUUUGAUUUGAUGUUGUUUAGAAUGUCCCAGUCGGCUAUGAUAAAUGUGCUUUUUACUUCUGGUUUCACACCGGCUUUGUUCAGGACGACAGGUAAACAUUUCUUAUUUAAAAUAUAGCAUUUCUACUUAGUAUAGUUUAUAAAAAACUCUUGAAUGUUUGAGGAAACUAAAAUAACAGUUGGAAAAUAAGCGCGUUGUUGAUUGUCGUUAUCAGCCACAAUCUCGUGAUUAUGACAUUUAUGGUUGGAAUAUGCAUAUUUGCGGUCGGAAUAUGAAUAUUGAUUGUAUAGGAAUACGAAUAUUAAGAAUAUGAACAUCUGGAACUAAAAUACACCCUUUCGAUAAUUACGUCACACAUACUUUUUGGUCUUGGACCGGAGCCUCGCUCUCAUUAGUAAAUUACGCAAGGUGAUUGGCUCACGAUUCAUGAGAGCGAGGCUCCCAGGCUAAAUGACGUAAUUAUCGAAAGGGUGUGUUGGAAUGAAUAUUCCCUAUCCCACGUUUAGAGGUAGGGAUAUUAAAUAUUUAAGGAAAAUAUUCCUCUUCCACCCCCGAAUCGUGGUAUAUCUUCGGUAAAUCCCGUUGAGUGUUUACAAGAAUGGCGAAACGCGCUGCUUAAGGCUGAUUUCCUCUGUUGCGUUUUUCGUAUACGCACGUACACGCACGUAAAACUUUGAAUCCUUCUAUUUUUUAAGUAUUUUACAAAUAAGUUAACAAAUGCAUACUAAAACUUGCGGAACACUAAAUUCUGUUGCUUUAUUUAUUUGGUUAUUUCAUAAGUAACAUUUAAACGGAUUUAAAGUUUUACGUGCGUAUACGUACCUUUGAAAAACGCAACAGUGGAAAUCAGCCUUUAGAACCACAUCUUACGCUACGCUGCAAAACCAUCAAAGAUAGUGAAGUCUUUUAAGAGGACCUACAUAUAAAGUCAUGCAUUUUCUGACUGGUAUCCUUCCUGAAAUCAACGUUGUUGACUCAUGAUAGCAGUCCAUUAAAUGUCCAUAACGCCGCUACAAAUACGGUUGAACAGUACGAACUCUGAUUUUUUCUGUGUUGAUGUUGUGUACUCAUGAGGUGAAUAUAAUGUUUGUGAUGUUACUCUGAGUGUGUAUCCACACCGGGCGAGCUUGAAAAAUAUGCCCGGCCACGGUGGGAAUCGAACCUAUGACCUUUGGAAUACUAUAGCCCAAUGCUCUGCCAACUCAGUUGCCAAAGCAUUGAUAUUUUUCACGUCGCGAGGAAAAAUUCUCAACGUCUGCGGAUGUUGCGAGCUUAGUAGCUUGAAUCAAUUAGCCAAUGAGAAACCAUACUGUUCUUCAAUCAUGUGACGUUGAACAAAUGCAAAUGAUUUUGUCAAUUAUGUUGUGUAGUUUUGCCAACGUGUGCGGCGGUGAAAAUGCAUAUAGCUGAGCUAUAGCCGCCAUGCACGCGAGCCCAGCAAAUUUCCAUCGUGUGCGGCAGGCUUAACGCCAACAAUCACGAAAGACAUUUUGCUAAGCACUAAAGCACAUAGCUCUGGUAUGUGCGGCGGGCUUUACUGAUCACUAUUCCACGUCACAUGUCAUUUCGUUUGCUCAGAACUGCCCUGAUCAAGCUACAUGCAUGUACAAUAUUACUAUUCACUACUUCAAAUGCACUUCAUUUAGAAUUAUUUUAACUCAUCCCACUGAUUGAUUUUUGCUCUUCUCCAGCUUUACUAUGUAACCGAAAUGUGUAAAUCACAUUUUAAUGUAAUUUUUAUUUAUGUACUUCGUGUAGAUUAUAUAGUCUUUAUAGAAACAUGUUCUAGAAAACGAGUUCAUUGCAAAAUAUUUGAAGAUGCGCAAUUUAACAGUGCUUGUUUGUUUAGUCAUUGUUUUAUUUUCACUUUAGUUUCUUACUGACAAGAAAUGAAUUGGAUAAUCCUCAUAAAAAGAAGACUUGGAAAACGUUCAGAUUUAAUUUUUCUGUUGAAUUAAAAUUUUCUCAGUAACAAAAAGCAUUCACUAUCAUAAACAUACGUCAUAUCAAGGUUCUAUAUAACCCAUUCAGGACAUGUUGACGUUUCGACCAAAUGUUUGAUAUUUCUUGUUGUAUUGCAAGGAAUUUGAAAGUAAACAUAAAAAACAUAAAAUGUCGACAAUGAAAAUGAUCACUGUGUGUGCACAUGCUUUAUUUACUUUCGUUGUGACUGUAUGAUCAGCAGUUGUUUCAGGGCCUUUUUUAAGGAUUUUCCCGUCGGGAAAGGGCCUUUUUUUUAAAAGGGACCUUUCUGUGAGAUACUUUAUUAUAGAGGAAGAUAGCAAUGGCCGAAGUCCACGUGUGUGGGGGCAUACUCCCGCAGAAAAUUUUGAUUUCGUGGGAGGGCACAAGGGGGACUGGAGGGCAUUUCCCACCCCCCCCCCAGCUUGUAUGUUAAAAAAGGCCCUGAGUUGUUUAUUUCAAUCGCGAUAAAAUGUUUGGCGAAUAUCUUGAAUUUCAAAACGUGCAUUCACUUAAAGACAAAAAUAGCAAAACGAAUGAAUUUAAAUGACAUCGGCAAUGGAUUCUGUACAGUGCCGUAGCCAGAAAGAUAAUUGGGGGGGGGGGGGCACAUAUUCAUAUAUUCGUGUUCACAUACCAUAAAAACAAUUGAUUUCAACUACGGCACUGAUUCUAUAUGGUUAUGGUCUUGGCAUUGCUUGGCACUCUUACCAAAUUUGAGCAUGAUUGAAUCAUUCAUUUCAAUCUUCUCAUUUAUUUAGCAAUGAGCAAUUUGUCUGUAUAUUUACAUAUAACACAGAGUUAACUAGUAGGCCUAAGUUUGGAAAGACAAUUUUUGAUUUAAUAAUAUGCUGCACGGCUAGCCACGCGGUUUUUGACCAGGAUUGUAAUAAAAAAGCUCUUCUGCGUGCAUAUCAUUUUACAUUUCUUCGAUAUCUGUUGGUUUUUCGUUUCCAUGCAUGAUAUGUAAAUUGUUUGAUAUGUAAAUAAGUUGUCAUUGGAUGGCACUGCUAGAAAUUAAUAAUUUUCUGUAGUUUCAUAUUCAAUGUUUACUUAUUUACUGUUGUUUUAAAUGGUUAAAUAUUAAUUUUCUUUACAUAUAUCGAAAAGUGAAAUAUCUUCAAAUGAAGUCAUGAAGAUAUCGGAAAAGUGCAAAAGAACACGCUAUACGUGCAGUUUUUGGCAAACUAUAUUAUAGUCUAUGUCCAUAUCCAUUAGAAUCCAUUAUUAAUCAUUAUACUUAAUAGUAGAUCUUUUAUCUGUAAAGACAACUUUUAUUUGUACAAUUUGUAAAGUUAAUUACAAAGAAAACUAAAGUAAACAAAAAAAUGAAAUGAUCUACUCGGACCUCG